CGCCCACACAUGGCAAUGUUUCACAGCGGUGAAUGGCUGUGGAACGAUUCUGAGGGAUCUUUCAACACAGGGAUAAAUUCCAGCCUGGCUUCAGACCUCCACAAGGGCCUGCUGAACUAUUAUGCCAUGCUUUAUUCUCUGCUCAUCCUGGCCAUUGUAUUCGGCAAUGUUCUUGUGUGCCUGGCAGUGGUCCGAGAGAGGUCUCUCCAGACCACCACUAAUUACCUUGUCGUGAGUCUGGCAGUGUCUGAUCUGCUUGUGGCGUCUCUUGUCAUGCCUUGGGCUGUUUACUUGGAGGUGGUUGGGGGCGCCUGGCUCUUCAGCCGUCUGUACUGCAACAUCUUUGUGACUCUAGAUGUGAUGAUGUGUACUGCGAGCAUCCUCAAUCUGUGUGCCAUCAGCAUCGACAGGUACACAGCCGUGGUGAUGCCUGUAUUGUACAACACCACUCAGAGCUCUCGUAAAAGAGUGUCGGUUAUGAUUGCCACUGUAUGGAUACUGGCCUUUGCGGUCUCCUGCCCCCUAUUGUUUGGUUUCAAUACCACAGAUGAUCCGUUGGUGUGUUCCAUUUCAAACCCGGAUUUUGUCAUCUACUCGUCAGUGGUGUCGUUCUACCUGCCCUUCAUGGUGACGCUGCUGGUCUACAUCCGCAUCUACAUCUUCCUCAGACGGAGGAGGAAGAGGAUAAUGUUCCGCCAGGCCAGUGGCCAGAUACAGCCAGGGCCUGCACCACCACCUACAGAGACUUGUUUGCAGGAGGAGACUCAUAAAGAGAGACACGAUCUGUCUCCCAUCCAGCUCAAUGUGGUAAAUAUGUGCAUAACUGAGAGCACAGAGAGGGUGAUUCGUCCCAAGCUUCUACCUGCCUGCCUGCGUCGAAAACGCCCUCGGACCAUGCCUGCCGAGAACUCCCUGCUGCCCCCAGUGGACAUGCAGAACUACUGUAGCAUAAGCCAGGCCUCCUUUGUCCGCACCGAACAGGAACCCAACCGGGAGGAAGAAGAGGGACAGGAGGAAGGCCAGGUGACCCUGAGGAGUUGUGAAGUGAAGGAGCUGUCUAAUGGACGCACGCACACCACUCUCCAGCAAGCCCCUCGAGGGCCUCAGCGGGUCACCCCAGCACGUCACAGGAGCAUGCACUCCAGGGAGAAGAAAGCUACACAAAUGCUGGCUAUUGUACUGGGGGUCUUUCUCAUCUGCUGGCUACCCUUCUUCGUGACUCACAUCUUGAACACUCACUGCAGAAAAUGUCACAUACCCGCUGAGCUCUACAGCGCCUUCACCUGGCUGGGCUACGUCAACAGCGCCCUGAACCCCAUCAUUUACACCACCUUCAACAUUGAGUUUCGCCGCGCCUUCAUCAGGAUCCUUACAUGUUGA